ACAAAUUGUCACCGGUAUAGAGGGUCAAUCGGAAAUCAUGACAGACCUCGGCAUUAAAACUGGAGACAAAGUGAUGCUGAUUUGGACUCAGCCCUCAGCACCAACAGCCCUUAAACAGUUUGCAGAGGAUGUGAGUGCUAUGGUUGGUGCGGAGGGCAAAGUGUCAGUGGAGAACAUGGAGAGACUAUCACUAUCCUCCCACACGGCAUCCACCUUCGAUUGGGUGCUGUCUUGCCUUCUGGCUGACAGCUCGUCCAUCCACAGCUCAGAAACUCUUGCAGAGAUAGCCAAAGUGCUCAAACCUGGCGGGAAGAUCGUUCUGGAGGAACCGGUCACAGGAGCUGAAGCACAGAGUGUGAGGACGGCCGAGAAGCUGAUGUCAGCUCUGAAGUUGUCUGGCUUUAUGUCAGUGACAGAGGUCAAUAAAGCAGAACUGACCCCAGAGGCGCUGAACUCUCUCAGGGCAGCCACUGGUUACGAAGGAAACACCCUGUCUAGAGUUCGCAUAUCUGCCUCCAAGCCCAACUAUGAGGUGGGAUCAUCCAGUCAGCUCAAGUUGUCGUUUGGGAAAAAGACACCCAAGCCAGCAGCAGAGAAACCUACUCUGGAUCCCAACACUGUCAAAAUGUGGACGCUCUCAGCCAAUGACAUUGGGGAUGAUGAUGUGGAUCUGCUGGACUCUGACGCUCUGCUAGAUGAAGAUGAUUUGAAGAAGCCAGACCCGGCUUCUCUUAAAGCACCCACCUGUGGAGAGGGUGCCGGCAAGAAGAAAGCCUGCAAGAACUGCUCGUGUGGCCUGGCUGAGGAGCUGGAGGCGGAGAGUAAAGGAAAACAGACAACAAAUAUGCCAAAAUCUGCCUGUGGAAGUUGUUAUCUCGGCGAUGCGUUCAGAUGUGCCAGCUGCCCAUAUGCGGGGAUGCCAGCAUUCAAACCAGGAGAGAAGAUCAAGCUGGACAACAAGACGCUGAUGGACGCUUGAAAGCACAAAUCUCAGUCAUACUACUGCUGAUGCUUCAAAACAUCACAUUCCUUUCUUAUCCAUCCACCCCUGAGGCAUCACUGCAGAUGUGAUGGGAUUAUUUGUUUGUCCGGAGCUGAGAUGGUUUCUGUUUCAUAUUACAAGACAUCACUCACAUUUCUUCAGUGUUGAUUGUGAAGCUCUCAUUUACCAGCAACAGCAAGUCCUGUUUUAAUUUCAGAGUUUUGCAAUGCAGCUUAGAGAGUGACCAAGAGUGAAUAUGUAAAUUAUGGUGUGAGAAGACCUAAAAAGCACUGAAAUCCAUUAGUAGUUUUUUUGAUUUGAAAUUCCAUUUACCAAUGAACCACUGAAAUAGUUUCAGUCCAAAUCAAAAUUACAUUAUGCUCAGCAGUACAAUUGAAGCAUACGCAGAACAUAGAUUGUCUACAAGCACAUUUAUGUAUAUAAAAGAAUUGUUGUUGCCCUUUUGUGUUACAUUUUAAUCCAAUAAACUAAACCACACUGAGA